AACUUACAAAUUCCGAGACAGAUUUGGGCCGUUCUUAAAUGAUUGCCACUUGCUCUGGCAACUGCUCAGGCUACUUCAACUUGAUUGAGCUGUUAUUCUGUAUGUAUAUAUUAUGAGGAAGAUCUGAGGACAACUGACAGUAAAAAUACCGUCUGCCAGACGAUCGGGGACUGCAUCUUUAGAAUUAUAUCAUUGACCACAACCAUCUGUCACCAUGACAACCACGAUAGUUACAACUCAACCGAUGUUGCCGACUAUAUCUUCAACUCGAUAUGCUGUUGAACGAGACUGGCAUAGCGGAAUAUUUGGCUGUUGCUCCAACAUUGUCUCAUGUCUCAGCGGAUACUUUUGUACCUGUUGCUAUGGCAUGUAUGUUGCAACACGUCUUGAAGAGAAUUGCCUGUUACCCAUCUGUCUGCCAGUCUGUUACAUUAUCCCACUACGAACCAAGAUUCGAACUGAGAAUCGUAUUAGGGGUUCCAUUUGCGAAGAUUGUCUGGUUGGCUGUUUUUGCCACAUGUGCGCCAUUUGUCAGAUACAUCGAGAAAACAUCUAUGCAAAGAAGGGUCGAGUGCUCACAUAAACACAAAACACCUAAUAAGGUGUUCAUUUGGUGUAAGGGCAUUGGCUUAUGUUACAAACUAUAAAAGCUAUGUAGUUUCAAAUUGAAAAUUCCCAUUCUGUAAAAUAUUAGUGUUAUUCAAAUAAUGAUUGACUGUUUAUAAAGUUCAUUGCUAAUUAUUUUGAUAGGAGAGUUUCGGCGGAUAUUCCCUUGAAUAUGAACGACAUAAUGAACGACCCGUUUAGAGUUAAUAAGGCUAAUAUUACACAAAUAGUAUCUAUUUGCUGCAUAAUUAUCAGGUAUGCUGUACUGUUAUGACUUUUUUUUCAACAUUCUUUAAACCAAAUUGGUUGGUUGCCAAAUAGCUAAAGAUUUUAAGAUAGUGAAUGACUGCAAAAAAUAUGAACUGUCGGAUAUCAUUGACACAUAAAAUAAAAUGCUACAAGAACACAGCCAUGUGGGCGUGACUAUAAGCUUUUGUGUGUAUGUAAAUCAAUGAUCAUCUACAUGAUGUAAUGUAUAUGUAAGCUAUUCUGGAAAACAUGCCCCUCGUUUCAUGUUCGUAUUAUAGGAAUGUGAUUCCAGCACCAAUUAUAUUAUAAAUGUACAAAAAUAAAUAUUUGCCGAGCAGGAAUCCACAACGGAUGUUAGUAUGCCACAUAAAAUCAUGUCAAAUAAUGUAAUAAAAAAAAUGAAUAGUAUUGUUAGUCAUUAAUCAAUGAGAUAUACAUAAAAGUAUAUUGAAAAGUAUAAUGAAAAAGACAUUUUUUCGUUAUAACUGUUUUCUUGAUAAAUGUAUAUGGGUGUGUGCAUUGUAAAUUCAAGAAAGAAGGAAAUAAUUAUUAAAAUGUAAAAUGUUUUGCGUUUCCAUUACUUGUUAGAUAAUAUUCGCAACGCGAUGUUAGAGGGCGUAUUUUAUAGCCCUCGCUUACCCAUCCACUUUAUGAUUGAAAUAAAAUAUUAUUAUACUGA